AGGACACAACCUCCCCUGCCCAGCUUGUAUCGCCUUACCUGACGUGUUGCUUUUGUAGGACAUGCAACUUUAAUUCAUUGGGUCAUUUGCCAUGAUCGUGUUAACAGGUUUGAACCCUCUAUAUAGCCAUUCGUCGUAUUUAUUAUUUAUUUUGGUUUUUUUAGCAUUUUUUUUUUUUUUUUUUUGCAUUUUUCUUACGUUUUUCUGUCACCUCUAAGUCCCAUUCUUCACGUAACUGCUCCCAUUAGUUGCGGCAACUUGGAGAAAAGUGGUCACGCCCAGAGAUGAAGCAACAGCGAUAGUGAGAGAGAACUGCAGAGAGAAGGGUUGCAAAUCUCAUCUGUGGUUGGAUGGACAAGCCAAUGAAAUCAAGAGGGAAAUUCUUCGUCAUUCUUCCCUUAAUCUUCAUCUGCUGCAUCAUUGUUUGGACACCCAAGACAUACAGGUCAAUCCCAACCCCACGUGGGCCUCCAAAAGCUUGCCCCUAUCACAUCUCUGAGCAGACCAUCACCCCCCUCAACAACACCAAGCACUUCCAGGUGUCGGCCUACAUGGACCAGAGAGUGAAGGGUUUGGAUAUACGCAUCAUUAGCAUAUUUAGGAGAGACUCCAUCCAACCCCUGCACUGUGUUUUCUGCUGUGCAGACUACAUAUCAAGUACAACCACUCCAGCGACCAUUUUACAACACUCUGACAACUUUGGUUUUCCCUUCGUCACGACAGAUGUCAUGUGUCGGAUCCCUACAAACUGCAACGCUACACAUGUCACCCUUCAGACUCAGCCAGGGCGCGCAACUCAAUCUGACCAGAUUUGGCUCCCCAUAAGAAACAAAAAGACCAACGGGAAGGAGGAGGAGAAGUUUCAGUUCACAGUCUGCAUCUCCAACCUGUUUGGAGACUACAACAAUGUGCUUCAGUUUGCACAGACUCUGGAGAUGUACAGGUUGCUGGGUGUGGACAGAGUGGUGAUCUAUAACACCAGCUGUGGCCCAGACCUCGACCGCCUGUUGCAGAGCUACAGCCAGGAGGGCUUCGUGGAGAUGGUUCCCUGGCCCAUCAACAAGCAUAUGAAUCCGUCUCGCGGCUGGCUCUUCUCAGAGCAUGGCGGGGACUUGCACUACUUUGGCCAGCUGACCACGCUUAAUGAGUGUAUUUACAGAUCCAUGACCCGUUCACGCUACGUCCUGUUGAACGACAUUGAUGAGAUUAUAAUGCCAUACCAACACAACAACCUGAUGUCUCUGAUGAACGUGCUCCAACAGCAGACACCAAAUGCGGCGGUGUUCCUCAUUGAGAACCAUAUCUUCCCCAAGAUACACUUUGAGCCAAGUGGGAAGUUUCACCUGCCUCAGUGGAACGGGGUGCCAGGAAUUAAUAUUCUGGAGCACAUAUACAGGGAGGAGCCAAACAGAAAUAUAUAUCACCCCUACAAGAUGAUAGUUCAGCCAAGGUUGGUGGAGCAAACCUCCGUACAUGAGUCACUCAAGAAUUUUGGGCAACGUUACAAGGUUCCACCAGAUGUUUGUCGGAUGAUUCACGUCCGCGUGGCUCUGCAGGGGGGGUUAACGCGGGAGCAGCUCCAUGUGGACAAACGGCUGUGGGAUUUCCACGAAAAACUCAUUCCCAGCGUGGACAAGGCGCUGAAGAGAGUGGGACUGCUGGGGAAGAGCUGACGGACGGGACUGGUGAAACAGUCAGAUGGAGGCAAGGGGCUGAGAAAUUGACAUAAAGGCUAAGGUAGUUAACGCAAAGCACAGCUGAAGAUGGUAGUUUUUAAUGUAUUUUGUCACAUUGAAAUCAGUGACCUAUACAGAAGUUAAGGGAUUGGAAUUCCUACGCUGCUAGCAUUACGUACAAAAAAUUAUUUUGUGCACUGUACUGUCUCAGGCUGCUGGUCACUAUGUUAUAAAAAACUAAUAAAAAAGCUUUUGAUUAAUUA